GUGGUACGUACUCGAAUCAUAACUACUUUGCUUUGGCUCAGAGUCUGAAUCCAUAUCUCUUAUACCUGUAUAAAUUUCAACCAAAUCUUAUAGCAAAGAUAGUGUGAAUCAUGAAACACAAGCGCAAGAGUAGAAAUGGUGAGGUUGACAGGUUUAGCAAGCUUCCGAAGGAAAUCCUUCAUCACAUUCUUUCUAGGCUUGUGAUUCGCGACCUGGCUCGCUUCUGCUGCGUGUCCAGUACAUGCAAAGAACUAGCUCUGUCCGCUCCGUCUGUGAGUAUUGGUGGAUAUAAUUGUGGAUUUGAUAUAGAUGAGAUGCCGUGCGAGCUUCGGUUGAAGCUGGUGAAUGCAUUGGAUAGGUUCUUGAUUAGUCGUGGGGAUAAUAAGUUGCAGAAAUUUAGUCUUAGUUGGCAGGGUCAUUGUGAGGACGAGAUGGAGGACCCUCCGUGCUUCUGUGUUAAUGAGAGCUUCCGAAUGAUCACCUGGAUCCAGAAUGCUGUGAGGUGUAAUGUUGAAAAGCUUUCUGUUAACAUGACAUUUUAUGAGCCUGAUGGGGAACUUUUACCAUUUCCGUGUUGUGUCUUUAAAUGUGCAUCUUUGAGGUCUCUAAAUGUGGAAAUGUCGUUUGCGGUUCUUAAAGCACCCUCCUUUUCAUUCUCCUCUAAUCUUGAGACCUUGGAAUUGAGCGAUGUUGAUAUUGCAGAUGAGGGGUUUUUCAAGUGGAUCUCAUGUUCGUGCAAGCUACUUAAGAAAUUGAUUCUUGCGAGACUUAAUGGGAUAAAUAUUAUCACCAUUGAAAGCUCAUCUUUGGAAGAUUUUUUCUAUAUUCAUUAUGAGGUGUUAAAUACUUCCUAUCUUAACAUUUCUGGUGAGAAGAUUGAAAAAAUAAAUAUUGACUGCCGUUAUUCACCUAGAAGCACCCUGUUGAACAUUAUUGCUCCAAAAGUUAAAUAUUUGAUGUUGGAAGGGAAUGUGAAAAAUAACCUGAAUCUGGGAGACUUAGAUUGUCUACAAGAAGCUUCUAUUAUUAUGGAGCCUAUAGUAUAUGAGUUUGACAAAGCAUCUGAGGUUCUUUCCAGUUUGUGCAGUGUGGAAGUUCUUAUUCUCAAUGAAGCUAUCAUCAAGGCUGCUUACAGGGAGGAGCGCAUGCAUGCUCAAUUAGAUAAGAUUUGGUGCUUGCGAAUAAAUACUGGUAGCUUUGCUGAUGAUCUAGUCCCGGCAGUUGUCUCUCUCUUAAGAGGAACCCCAAAUUUGUGUACCUUAUACAUGUGUUAUGAACCAACUUCACUUGACCCUAAAUCUAAUACAUCUGGGUUCAAUAAGAAGUAUUGGAAGAAGCAAAACCUGAAUUUUAUUUCUGAGGUUGAGGAAGUUACUAUAGAGCUCAGUGCUGGAUCUAAUGGGAUUGAGUUUGCAAGGUAUGUUCUUGAGCAUGCAAAGAGCCUGGAGAAGAUGGUCAUUAGGUAUUUAACUCGUGAAUCAAGUGUUAAAAAGAAGUUAAGAAAGAGUUGCAUGAUCUCCAAUGCCGCAGUUAUUUUUAAGAAAUAUCGAGCUUCAGUUGACCCACUUAGCCAUUACUGAGAAUGUAUUUUGUUAUCAUGUUGAAACAUAAGUGCAGGUGUUGAAAUUUGUUUUGGAAUUUUUUGAACCAGUGUAAUUGUAUCUUGUUAUUGUUUGUUGGU